CCAACACCAGUAGUUCCUUAACUUCUUCUAUCAUCUUAGAAAAAAAAAAAAAAACCUUGGCAGCAUGAAUCCAUCUUCAUCAAACAGAAAAAAGAAGCAACCUCAACAAGUACAGCAGGAGCCAGGUACUGGAUUAAGGUUUCUAGGUGUUAGGAGAAGGCCAUGGGGAAGAUAUGCAGCAGAGAUACGAGACCCUUCAACAAAAGAAAGGCAUUGGCUAGGCACCUUUGACACUGCUGAGGAAGCUGCCUUGGCCUAUGACAGAGCCGCUCGCUCCAUGCGCGGUUCUCGUGCUCGCACAAACUUUGUUUACUCUGACAUGCCUGCUGGUUCUUUUGUCACAUCCAUUAUUUCCCCUGAUGAACAACAAUCUCUACAGCAGCAGCAACACCAGCAACAUAGUGAUAAUAAUAACAACCUGUCUUCAUUAUUCAUCAAUGUCCCUCCCUCUCAUGAUCAUCAGCCGGACUCGACUCCCAUUUUCAAACAGGAUUUUAGCUCCCAAUGCCAUUUGGAAGAGGGGUUUUCUUCAAUGACAUCUGGUGGAGGUUUUUGGAGCUGCUCCAGUAAUAAUACCUAUAAUCAACAACUAAAACAUGUUAUUCAAAACAAUGAGCUUCCUCAUGAUUUUCCUUCCAAUAUACCUCACAGUUCGGAUUAUAAUAUGAGUCAAUGUAGUUGGACUGAUUCGUCAACUUCGGGGUUGAUGGGUUUUGAGGACCAGACAACAAUGACUAGUGGGUUUGAGUCAGUGGGGAGUAGUACUGGUUCGUAUAUCGGGUUUGAUUCUGGAGAGUAUGUGCACAGCCCACUUUUUAGCAGGAUGCCCCCAGUCUCAGAUAUGGUACCAGAUGGUUUUGAUUUGGGCUCCUCUGCUUAUUUUUUCUAGCUAGCACUGAAACUGAUUUGGCUUGAUCUUGGCUCUUGAUCUUGCCAAUUGGAUACUGAUAAGAAAGACUCAAAGCAGUUGAAUCUUUCACUCUCAACGAAUUUCAGUUUCUGGGUUUUGCAGGUGCAUUGGCUUCUUUGUUUUCACGGUUUAACGUGACAUUCAACGCUUUCUUGAUCAAUCAAUGCCAGAGCCUUGGCAUUGAAGAAAGAUAGUGACAGAACGAAGAUUGUUUCUCCAUUAAUCCUGAAACAAAGAGACAAUCAAUUAUCGAUGGUGUGUAUAUGUAACGAUUAAGGAAAUCAUCUGGCACAGCAGAUUAAAAAUUUAAGGAACUGUUUGUGGUCAAGAAAUCAGUGAUGAAGGAGGACUUGUAUCUAAUGUGUUUCUCACUUUUCAAUAGAAUUUUGGAGUGAAGUUUAUCUAUCCCAGGAGCCCAUUUGUUUGCUUUGGCAUCACUGUAUCUAAUGUGUAUAUGUAAGUUUUCUUUAUUUUUUCAAUAUUGUAUAAUUUACUCCCUCUCUCCCUCCUUCUCUCUCUGCCCCUCUCCCUCAAUUAAGUUGAAACAUUUGAGCAAUUGCGGUAUUAGUCUAGUGUCUGGUAGGGGUUUUUUUCUUUCUCUGUAUUUAGGUUUGAAUUUUAUUUUACAUGUCCGUCAUC